AUGUGCACUGAUGAACGGUGGACGAUAUAUAACGCGUCCGCCACCCGGGCCAUUCACAGUUCACUUCUGCGCUGCUCAAACAACCCCAAGCAAACAAACAUGAACUCCAAGAUUGUAGUAUUCAUCUGCACGCUCGGCGUGGCUUGCGCGAGCGUUUUAGCCCCGGCGCCCGUGGUCGCAGCCCGCGUCGACGCGCUGCCCCAGUACUCCUACGGCUACGACGUGCAGGACUCGCUCACCGGCGACUACAAGGGGCACCAGGAGAACCGCAACGGCGACCUUGUCACCGGCUCCUACUCGGUCGUCGACCCGGACGGCACCAGGAGGAUAGUCGACUACUCCGCUGACCCUCUGAACGGCUUCAACGCGGUCGUCCGCCGGGAACCGCUCGUGGUCGCAGGCCCCGCUAGGGUUGUCGCCCCCGCCCCCGUAGUUGCGCCAGCCCCCGUUGUUGCGCCCGCCCCAGUGGUUGCACGCGCUCCCCUCUACGCCCCCGCCCCCGCACCCCUCCUUGCCCCGAGAUUACCCUACCCCUACUACUAC